UCAUCAUCGGGACCUACUUGCGUUUGUGGUUGUAGCAUCUAUAGUGGCGUCUGUUUUCAAAUCCUUGUAGUUGUGGUAAAUUGGACAGCCUAAUGUUCUUGGCUUUAAUUCGCAGUGUAGAUAAGCUGUAGGAGACAAUUUGACAUGUAUUUUUGUAUGAAAUGAGUUUAACCUUAUAGUUACGUGUUUCUGGGCUGCACGCACUGCACGUUCGUGGAACGCUCGGCUGCACUGCGCGUGCCUGUUGGGCUUCUGCGAACGGCAGCGCUUGAAACCACUGACGAUCUUCACUUGGGCUGCCUUGUAUACCUGUAGGUUUCGCAAGAUCAUGUGGGCUUCCACUCCUCUGUCUGAAGGCCGUGCUUUGCCUUCAUCAUUGCUGGCUAAUCAACCAAGGUCAUCCAAAACCAAGCACAGUAGCAACUAUGGCUUUAAAAAAAUGACUUCUUUGUCAAAUUUGCAACAUCCAUUCCAGUAUUGGACACCUGCUGGAAAGGACGGGCUUGCACACACUGGACAUGCUGACUCACGGCCUGGCCUCUUUAGGACUCCAUCCUCAAUUAGGUCACCAUCAUCUUUCGACGCCAAGAUGAAGACUACCCCAGAAAAGAGCAUGUCUAGCGUUUCUGGAUUUCAGAUGGCAUUGGCUACAGGCAAUGGAGUGAGUACACCAUGUCAUUCUGAGACAGCAGGAGACUCUUCCAGUGGCCAUUCAAGGACUCCAGAGCCACCUUCUCCAGUUAACCCGCCUUCACAGUCCAGUCUGCAGUGGCUGCGGGGUUCUCUCGAAAAAAACUCGGCCAGCCUGUCUAGGCUCAAGGCAUCUGUUGCUGCUGUUGCUAGCUUCACACCUCAACCGUCGCCUGUUUCGGUCCUUGGACCGUGCUCUGACGCUACUGGACCCAAGCUUUCAAGUCAUUCAAGUAUACGGGGCUCUAAAGGUACUGGACCAAGAUUUUCUUCAAAGAACUUAACGACUCCCCCAUUAUUUCGCAAAUGCAAGGAUGAUCCACAACUUUUCAACCUGCGAUUGCAGCUCAGUGAUGACAGUGAUGACGAAAAAGAGCCUGGCUCGCAGCCUGUGGCUUCUGCGCAGCAGAAGAGUCAUGGUCCCAAGCGCUAUCCUUCCACGUGCACCCAAUACAAAGAGUGCCCUCCCAGUACUCUUCCACAGAGCUCGGUUCACAAUAGGACUCCUGCUAAGGUGCCCAUCUCUGGCUUGAGCAUAAAUGGUGCACACUCGGGACAACCACGGCAGCUGCAACAGCAGCACUCUUUGAAGAGGGGAUGCCUGCCUCCUAAAGCGCUGCAUAGUGCAAAGGCUGACGCCUUGCUUCCAUGCAGACUUACACCUUCAAAGAAUCAGCCUGGUAACACUUAUGGUAGAGGGCUGCCUGUCAAAGAUGCGGUCUCAGAUGGGAAAUGCUGCCAUGCAGUCCUCGAGGAAAAUGAUGGUGUCCUGCACAACAAUCAGCCUGAUGAUCAGCAGGCAUUAGAAGUGCCUUUGCACUCGAAGAAGAGGAGCCUGCUGAGUGUGCUGCUUGAUGUGCAGCCCCCUGUGGAACAUUUCUACAUUGAAGUAAACCGCAAAAAGUAUCACAUGCUGAGUGUCAUUGGCAAAGGCGGAUCAAGCAAGGUGUUCAUGAUGUUCAACCACCGAAAGGAGCUGUGUGCCGUAAAGCUGGUGAGCUUGGCAAAUGUGCAGCCAAGUGUGAUGCAGGCUUACAUGCAAGAAGUGGCUAUUCUUAAAGCACUGCGAUCCUGCGGCCGUGUGGUUCGUCUUUAUGACUGUGAACUCAACACAAAGGACAAAGUGCUGGCCUUGGUGAUGGAAAAGGGUGACCAGGACCUUGCAACUGUGCUCACGAACAGGCAAGGUGACCUCGGUCCAGUCACCAUCAAGUUCUACUGGUCGGAGAUGCUGCAGGCUGUCAAGGAAAUACAUCAAAAACGUGUGAUACACUCUGACCUGAAGCCAGCCAACUUCCUCUUCGUGGCGGGGAAGCUGAAGUUGAUAGAUUUUGGUAUCGCUGCCACAAUGCAAGAGGAUGUUACUAGUGUUUACAAAGAGUCACCGAUGGGCACAUUGAACUUCAUGUCCCCAGAGUCCAUCCAGUACACCUGCCAUAAUAAAGGAAAGGACUACCUCAAGAUAGGUCUCAAGUCAGAUGUAUGGUCACUAGGCUGCAUCCUGUACAACCUUGUCUAUGGGAGGACUCCCUUCCAACACAUCUCUGGGACUCACGCCAAGCUGCUGGCCAUUGCCGACAAAAAUCAAGUCAUUGAAUUCCCUGAUGUCUCUGAUCCUCACCUUAUGGAUGUUCUCAAGAGAUGCUUGCGCUAUGCACCUGAGCAGAGGCCUUCAAUAUCAGAGUUGCUUGCCCAUCCAUACCUUGCAGAAGAAAACGUAUCAUUGGCACUCAAGCAGUGCAAGAACCCACACCUCCAGUCACUGUUUAGUGAAAUUGAGAACUUGUCCCCUGCAAGUGUGAAAAAAAUGAAGGAGGUGCUGAAAUCGCUGAGGAAAGACAAGCCUUGACUUCAUGGCACUGUCUCAGAUUUGCCAGAAUUGCUGUGAAGGCUUAAAUAGUCUAAUACAGCUCUAUUCGCAAUGAAAAACCACUGCAUGUAACUUCCAAAUUAUCUGUAACAUGAUGUUUGUGAAUGCAAAACAUGCUACGUUCAAGUCCUUUAUGUGCGUGUGUGUAUGUGUGUGUAUGUGUCACAGAAAGCUUGAUCAACAGCCACAUCAUGGUACAUCCCUGUCAACGACUGCAACAUGAAGUCUGUAAUUUUACUGUUUUUACCUUUUGACCUUCCAUAGUGGACUGAGUGAAAUGAAAAAUAAAAUUUUAGCUACAGUUA